UUACAUCUGAGAAAGUGAGUGAUGCUCAGACGCGAUCCAGACACUUAUGAAAAAUAACUCGUUGUGUCAUGCAAUCAUGGAAAACAGAAGGUUGAAUCCUGAUCUGGAAUUAAAUACGGACGCUAUUGACUUCGGACCGCUGUAACAGUCGGUUUUGAAGUGCAAAUACUAGUCAAAGGUGUGGAUUGUGUCUCCUCGGAUAAAACAUGAGUUUCUCUAAAUGGAGGGACUAGUGAUGGAGGGACGACGCCGGGUCACCUUCCGCGUGCUGUUGGCCGGGUUGAUGAUGAUGUACGUCUCCAUGGUGAUCGCUGAUUCACCUGCUGCAGAAUGGCCUUUGGAGGCUCCAAACAUGCCAAAGGAGUCUUCAGUGGAAGCGCCACAUAAUGCACCCUCUGCCUUGUCUGGAUCCUUCACCUUGUCUGGAUUUUCUCGUUCACCGAGUUCAUUUCCACCCAAAGUCACAAAGAAUUACAAUCACAAUGUUAACACUGUGUUUGGAUCAGUAUUCACUUACUCCCUGAACUCUAUCCCAAGCCCAGAACCUCUUAACACACACCCUUUACGUUCCUUUAAGUCUGGAGAGGGACUUGGAUCUACCCCCAAAGUUUUCUCCAGACAGCGUCGAGAACUCAAGUCUCCAGUGCCUACAUCCCAUAGUGUGCCCUCAUCUUGGGGCAUUAUCAGUCUAGCUCCCCAACUCUCACAGGCUACAGACAAUUCAUCUCUGCCAUCUUCUUUGCCUUCCAGUGGUCUUGAUUCUCCUUGGAGAACUUCUGAUAUCCCUUUCCCUGAUAUCCAAAAUGGGACGGUGCGAGUCAAUGUCACAGAAGUUCCUGUUGGUAACAGAGUGGAACAAUUCAGUAGAAUCCAAGACCUUCAAUUACAACCCAGCUAUAACCCAAAUGUCCAACUUGAUGCAGGCUACCAGCAGUUAGAGCCCAGCCAUGCUGUUUUUGUACACCAUCAAAUUACGUCGACCUCCGUUGAGCCAACUAUGGGCCCACCUGAAGACUAUUUCCCAACCAACACCAUGGAUGUGGAGUAUGGUUCUGGAGAUUACUUAGAAACAAUGUCCUUCAUGGGAUCUGAAGGAGAUGGCUACUCCCUGGUUACCAAUGUACCCUCUGUUGUGUAUGACUUUGAGGACACAAUCUCCGAGACCUAUGACACCAUGUUCCCUACAAGAGAUGUGAUAUCGUUUUCCAGCAAACACUUGUAUCCCUCCUCUAGUAGUGUUGCUAGUUCUUUCUCCAGUAUACAUGUUGAAAGUAUUCCCAAUCAGACAUCCAGUUUGACCAGCAAUUCAAUCUCAAUUGUACCCACUUCUGAUUGGACAACCUCUUUGAGUUUGACAACCACUAUGCCCACCUUGUUUAUGUCUCCAGUUUUUACCAGUAAACCAAACAUUUUGACCUCUGAGCUUGUCCCUACUUUUUCCCCAUCCCUUCCAACCAUCCAAUCAACCAUUCUCCCAACAACGUCAGAUAUCUUAAACCAGAAUAAGUCAGUUAAUGAGAUCUCAGAGUUGGUGCCUGACUUAACAGGCACUGUUACCAUCCAACCCACAGAUGUUCUUUUACCAGACAUGAACAGUUUGGAGUAUUACACCAUUCAGCUGACCAAGGACAAUGGUAGCUCGCCAGAUCACACUCCCAAUCGAACAACCUCAAGUCUUUUCUCCAUUAUUCCAAUCAGCACCACACAUAUUGUGUCCACAAGAACGUACAAUGUUGACCCAAGUUACAUGCUUACAGCUAUGUUUGACGAUGAGCUACAGCCUGCAGAUAACGGUUCAUGGACUGAGGAAUCCUCAACAGAUAUCUCUGGAUUUGAGCCUUUUAACACAACAAUCCUGGACCCUUCAGAAGUGAGACCAAGUCUAACAAAUACUACAGUGCCAUAUUUGGAACCAUCGUUUAUACUGACACCCUCAAUACACCCUUCAACUUCAUUGGGGGGUCACAUCUCUAACACUGAUUGGUCCGUCACACCUUCUGUAGCUUACAACACAUCCAUUAUGGUGACUAACCCACCUCCUGUAACCGAAGAACCAGAUGUUCACCUGUUGUCUACCAUUAAUGACAGCCAAUGGAUUAUCAUCUCAGUACCGACACCCUCUGAGACCCUCUUUCCUAGUACUGUACUUACCAGUGAUGUUGUCACCACCUCUAUCAGUGUUUCUGCAAACCCAACUGACUCAACCUUCAAUGUCACCUCCACCCCUCCGACAGACGUGGCUGAUGAAGAGUUCAUGUCUGAAACGCAAUCUGACACCCCCAUCACCAUGGUUACUGAUAACGAUAACACCACACCAAUUAGUAGCUUUACAACCACCUCCCCUACAGUAUUAUAUAAUGACACCACUGUGACAUCAUUUACUAUCACAAGCUCCAACAUCACAACAGUAACUACCAUGCAAGACUCAUCAGUUACAACCCUAAGCACAACCCCUCCUAUGACCACUGUCCGGAAGUAUGUCUGCAACAUCACCAAGCCUGACACCUACUUAAUCAGAGUUGGGUUUCCUCUUGGAUCUACUGCUGGAUAUGCCAAAUCCAAAGUCAGAGAUAUUCUCAAAGCAGAGUACAACCGCUCUGUGGAGCUACAGGUUGUGAAAGCCCCUCCAGACUUCGUGUUUCGUGCUGUAUCUGGUACUGUGGUUUACACUGCCAUAUCAGUCAUUAAUGCUCUGAGACUCUCUGCUUGGACUUCAAGUUCCUUUAUCAGUGUGUCACCCAUCAGUCCUGUACCAAGCCUGCAGUACCACGUACAUUCAGUGCUUCAGUUUGUACCUAGCCAUAUAGAUGUGCGUAUGUGCACUUUCAGUGAGCAGAUAGAGAAGGGUUUGACCUCAACCUUAGCUGAAGUCCGCAGACGCUCACAGGAAUCCACAAACUUCACUGUGCACAUUUUAAACAUCACAUUGAGUCCCAUGGUCACGCCGUCACAACAGCAGAAGAUUCCUGUGGAGAUCACGUUUGCGGUGCGUGAUGUCCGUGGUUAUGUGCCUGGGUAUGAGGUCAGUGCCCAGCUACGCUUCCUUAGUGUGGUUGAGUACAGCUACUACCUGGGCUACCCUGUACAGCAGAUCGCAGAGCCUUUCCACUACCCUGAGCUGAAUACAACUCAACUGCUUCGUUCCUCAUGGGUCAGGACAGUAUUGUUGGGAGUGUUAGACCAGCGUGUGAGCGACAGGGUCUUCCAGGCUACCAUAGAGAGAAGACUGGCUCUGUUGCUGGGUGAUGUGCUUGGGACGGGCCGUCGCUUUAAGAGAGCAACUAGUGUUGGAAACAACAGUGUGCAGAUUGUGCAGACCACGCGUCUGGUGGGCCCUGACAACCCCCUGGAGAUGAUCUACUUUGUAGAAGGAGUAAACGGACAGAGGCUUCCCGCUGCAACAACAGCGAACAUGCUCAACAGUCUUGACAUGCAACAUGCAGCUAUCAUCAUGGGAUACCGAAUCCAGGGAAUAUUAGCACAGCCUGUGGAGAAACAGGCCUCACCUGCCUCAGACGCUGAGAAAACCAACACAUGGAUAAUCGUGGGGGUGGUGGUCCCCGUGCUGGUGGUGAUCAUUAUUAUAACCAUCUUGUACUGGAAACUCUGCCGCAAAGACAAACUGGAGUUCCAGCCGGACACCAUGAGCACCAUCCAACAGAGACAGAAGCUGCAGGCUUCCAGUGUAAAGGGUUUCGACUUUGCCAAGCUGCACAUGGGCCAGCACAGUAAGGAUGACCUCAUGGUCAUACAGGAGCCGUUACCACAUCCUGUGACCGCUAAGGAGCAGAACCCAGGCGAGAACACAGAGGUGCCCACACCAAAGUCCAAAACCUCCUCCAAAACUUCCCGCAACGGCCAGCGCCGCAGGGGCCAAAUUUCUCCAUCGGAGGGGGAUUCUGUAGGCAGUGAUCUAUCCAGUGAGAGAGGAACUCCUGAGGAGGGUGUGAGACCUGUUGGUCUGCCCAGCGAUCCCAAACAAUCACGAAAAGUGGUGGUUAAUGGAUUAAACGGUCCACCACCUAUGAAUGGAACAGAUGAGCCCUUAUCUUCAGCCUCCAUCUUUGAGCAUGUGGACCGAAUGUCCCGCGCAACUGAUGGUCCCAAGCGUCUACCAAACAAAAUCCAGCUCAUCGCAAUGCAGCCGAUGCCAACCCUGCCCCUACCCAGACCUUCUGCCAAUGACAGAGCUGCAGAGAACACCAAGCUCAACAAAGAAAUCCAGGUGGCUUUGAGGCAUAAAUCCGAGAUUGAGCACCAUCGUAAUAAAAUUAGACUAAGGGCCAAAAGGAAGGGCCAUUACGACUUCCCUGCCAUGGACGAUCUCAUUGAUGGGCUUGGUGACUCCAAAGAGCAGGACCGGAUCUAUCAGAAGGCCCAGAUGCAGAUUGACAAGAUAUUGGAUCCAGAUAUUCACAUGCCGUCUCUCUACACAGAACCAAAGAAAAGCAACAGAGGGAAGCGUUCUCCUAAACAGAGGAAGAAACAGUUGAACAGAGAUCUGACAGAUGCUGACAGAGACAGACUCAUAACAACAGAGAGUGAUGGGACAUACAGGAAAUACCCAGGAGUCAAUAACAUAGCAUAUGUGUCGGAUCCAGACCAGGGCCCCAAUAAUCACAGCCCAUCGUCGCCGGAUGAUGUGUUCCACGGCCCGAUUUCUUCACCUCCAGGUCAUCCUCCUCCCCCACCACCCUACCUCCCCCCUCAACCAUCUAUAGAAGAGGCCCGUCAGCAAAUGCACUCUCUACUGGACGAUGCCUUUGCACUUGUGUCCCCUACCUCUCAGGGCAGCACAGCUGGCAUCACCCUGCCAGGGGUCGGGCUCAACCCUGGAGCCCCACCCCGCUCAAGCCCACCAUCCCAUGGCUCACGGCCCUGGAGCCCAGGAUACCCGCCCCUGAAUCCCUACACAGGGAGAUAUGCUGAAUUGGGUCUGCCUCCUUCCGCUGCACAAGGUUUAUUGCAUAGACAAGGUUUAGGGUCCGGCUACAUCCCAUCAGGAGAGGCCCUGCCUGUUGAACAGCUGCAGUCAGACUCAUUCUACACUGGCCGAGCAGGCCACACAGAUGAGCUGCCCUCCUCUGCCAGGCCCCGACCUGUAGGUGGGACUACAGGUUCUCAGCUGCACCAUAUAACCCACGUUGGUCUGACGGGUCGUGUAAGUGAGAACCGGCAUCCUGGUGGGUUAAACUGGGGCCCGUAUCAUGAAGACGACAACAAGCUCGCUAACAACAGAGACCCUGUUCAUGGCUCUCUUGACUACACCUCCAUCUCUGUGUUACAGACUUCCAGGAAUGGCCUAAAGGAGUCAUCUGCCGCUCCUCCCCAACUUGACUCUCUCAACCUGGGGUACCCUCCCUCCGCUCCCCCCGAGGAGCCUUCCCUUCCCAACCACUCAUCUGCCUCACUCAUCAAAGCCAUCCGAGAGGAACUCAUGCGGCUUUCCCAGAAACAGGCAGCGGUACCCAGCUACCACAGUUGAGACCUGCCCCUGUGGCUCCACCCGGCGUAAACUGCAUUACACUGCAUUACACUGCAUUGUACUUCCCAUGGAAGUGGCUUUUUUGAGAUGAUGAUGAUGAUGACUCUAUGUCCUGUAGUUGCUGUUGCUGCCGCCCAGUGGCACAAAAGCAUUAGGACAGGAAGAGUAGACAUUUAUCCUUUAUUCCCACAUUCCUUUCCAGUUAUCUCCAUAGUGAAGUUGUUCAUGAACACAUGCAGUGUCCCGAAACUUCGGAAGAACCUUUUUUACCUUCUAUUCAGUGAGGUGUCAUUGCAGCCUAUAAAGUUCAGUAGCUAUUAACUUCUCUAUAUUGACUGAUAUUGAAGCAAAUUGUGGCUCUCAUUCUGUUAGAGGUGUGUGUGAGUGUGUUUUUAUUUUCACAUUGUGUUGUUUCUUUGCUGUGUACACUGCCUUUAUAUUUUAACAAUUUUAUACCUUGCACUGGCUCAUGUAGAUUCUAAACUAAUUUCCAUAUUGUCCAAAACACUUUUAAAUUAAUUGUCAUGCCCUAUUUUCUUUUCUUAGUGUUUUUCUCAGUGUAAAUAUUUUAGAGGUACACUACAGAGGAUUUCUCCUUUAAUUUUUAAAUCCUUAAAUCCAUGUUCAAAACCAUGGUUUUGUCUGACCCAGAGUCACUACGGUAAGCCAGUAAUGAUUUUACAUUCAGAGCUGUCUGGUUCGAUUUGGCAGGACAUUUAAGGCUUCUGUCAUUCAUCUUAGCUCAGUAGGUCCUUAAAAUGCAAGUGAAUGGUGAUUUCUCUUUUGAAGCUCAGAAGCUUUGUUGGUUUUGGUUUAGAUCUGUAUUUAUAUCAGUAUUUAUACUCACAAUGGUGCGUUUGCGAGUGGAGAACAUGAGAUUACGUCUGUAUCAUGGCAACGCGAAUACGUCACCCGAGAGACCACUUGGACUCCACCCUCUCAUGAAGCUUACCGGAAGCGUUUGAUUAUAGUUAAAAAGUACUUAAAUAUUGAUCUUUUUCACAACAAAAGUGAUCGUGUCACUUUAGAAGACAUUAAUUUAACCGCUGGAGUCGUAUUGAUGACGUUUAUACUGAUUGUCUGUGAUUUUUGGAGCUUCAAAAGAGAAAUCUCCAUUCACUUGCAUUUUAAGGACCUACUGAGCUAAGAUAUUUUUCUGUUUUUCUUCAAAUGUUUUCUGGUGAAGAAAGAAUGUCAUACACACCUGAGAUUUCAUGAGGGUGAGUAAAUAAUGGCAGAUAUGCUACUUGCUUUCUCAGACGACGUACUUUCUGGAUAGACAUCUUGUAGGACUUACUAUCAGUGACUCUUGGUGUAGCUAGGCAGAUCGGCUCUUAUAUGAUCACAGCAACCAUGGGUACAUCAAAGCGUCAGAUUCAUCUGUUCAGAAGAGCAGUGCUGAAGCUCAACUGAUGUACAAAAAACAAAACAAAACAAUGUGUUCCUCUGCAGGUAACUUGCAAUUUUUUGUUUCAACCACAGAUGUCGAGAGAGAGCCUAGAAUUCUGUACCGUACCUUUAAUUAUUCUAUUCCUUUUGUCUUCUUUUUGUGCUUAUUUUUUGUUCUCCAUUUAAUGGCCAUGAACCACACAUUGCCUUUCAAACUAGACAGUAUUGAACUUCAUACAGCAUUGUCUUAAUUGCUAUUGGGUCCAGUAAUAGUAUUUGAAGUAGUGACAUGUUUCCCCUCUGCGUAUGCCUUUAUUAUGUUUGGCAUUUACAGGAAAGAUCGAUAUACAGUUUAUUUUCUGUCAGUGGAGGACACUGUCUUUACAAUAAAAGAGUGUUAUGAGUUGAGUGCUACUUUACUCGUCCCUCAGUUGAAAAAUGUACAAAAUAUCAUGUUUACAGUAACACACUUAUGAUAGAAGUCUAUGGGGCAAGACAUUGCACUGGAAAACUUUUCAAUUUAGCACUAUUUUGAAAGACUUUACAGCUCACCUAACACAUUGGUUUAUGGACAAAUUAAUACAGGCGCUUUAACAAAAAUGAGCUGCACAUUUCUGCUUUUAAACCCUCUGGAAUACCUUGCCCCAUAGACUUCCAUUGUAAGUGCAUUACUGUUAAUGCGAUUGAUUUUGUUUUUACAAACUGAGGGACAAGUUGAAAUGAUUUUCUGUGGUAAUCGACAGCAUUUCAUAAACUCUUUCAAUUUAUCUGAACAUAACUUGGAACGUUGCUUUAAAGAGAUAUUCCGGGUUCAGUACAAGUUAAGCUCAAUCAACUGCAUGUUUGGCAUAAUGUUGAUUACCACAAAAAUACAUUUCAACUUGUCCCUCCUUUUUUGUAAAAGGUUUUUGGGUUUUUUGUUUGAGGUUAUAAAAGCAGAAAUGUGAAGCUUAUCAUUUUAUAGAAGUACUUAUGUUAAUUAUUCUGUUAAAGCACGUGUUAUUUGAGCUGUUAAGUUGUUUAUAUCAUUGAUUACAGGGUUUACGGCCUUCCAUCGUCAUGGCAAUGAAGUUGUAAAAUUGAACAUAACUUUACAGAAAAGAUUAGUAAUCAAUUUUAUCACACUAAAAUCAGGUUAACAUUGAUGUUGUUUAUGUCUUGUGGCUAUACUUUUGAAAAAGUGAGUAUUUUAACAUUAACGGAGUGGCCCCCGUUCACUUCCAUUGUAAGUGCCUCACCGGCACCCAGAUUUUUGCUGCUUUUUUUUUUUU